CAGCGAUGCACCGCGGCCACUUUUGCUUGGUCGAUGGCGCCGCUUCUCCGCGCGUCGACGCUCGAAGCGCUCGCCCUCGUCGUCGUCUCGCUCCUCGCCUUCCUCCGCAGCGUGCAACGGUCGCGCCGCCCGCGGCCGUACCGCGGGUGUCCGCCCGAGGUCCUCGAAGCCAUCGCGCUCUACAUCCCGUGCCCGGUGGCGUGUCGGGACUUUCUCAGCGCGUUCCCUCCGUCGGCGCUCACGCAUUCUCUGCGCUGCCUCCUCGAGCUCCUCGACCCGGCACAGCAAAACAUCGCCGUGCGCUGGCCCGCCAUCUACGUCAACCACAAGGAUCGAACCGCCGACGUCCUCGCGUGGAUCGCAGGCGCCCGGACGCUCCACCAGCAGCUCUCGCUGACGCCGACGACACCAACGAUCUUCUCGGCGACGUUUCUUCCAAAUUGCUUUCAAGGGUUUGAGUGGCGCGGUGACGCACGCGCCGCCCGGACCUCGAUCGACGCCGAUGCCCACACGCCCGACGCUGUCGCGAGCGUCCUCGCGCACCCCGACACGCUAGAGUCGCUGACGCUGAGCAUGCCCGAUGUGUGUCCAUCGAGUCUGAUUGGGAUGCUGCCGAAUCUAACGCACCUCACAACGCUGAGUCUGCAAGGCCACGACGCGAGCUUGCACAUGUCGUCGCUCUUCCAGGCGCUGUGCUGGCUCCCGCACCUCAAGCAUCUGCAUUUGAACCACACGGGACUGGACGAUGCAAUGGCAACCAAGGUGAGCCGCGUCGUGCGCUGCUGCUCGGAGCUCGAGGACCUCGACCUCUCGGGCAACCAAUUUUCGGCUGCUGGCGUCACGUCGAUCCUCUCCAACUUGCACACGAGCCCGAAAUUGGUCGCGGUCAAUGUGACGCAAAACCCAUAUGUGCUCAAGGACCUCGUCGGCGCCGCACCCGCAGUCGCCCGCCUCUCUGCGACGCUCAAGACGAUCUCGCUCCGCGUGGACCGAGACGACAUGGCCGACGCCUUCCCGUUUCUGCGGGCGCUGCGCAACGCGUCGACGCACCGGAUCGUGGUCAUGAUGGUUGGGUCCGGCACGCUUUCGUCUGACCUGGCCAAGGAAUACCACCAGCUCAACAAGAUCUGAGGAGGGCGGACGAGCCCCACAAGCGGCGGUGUCAGCUGUAUCUUUUUGGCCGCGACCCGUGGCCCAAGCGCGACCUCCUCGCGCAGAACGCAGGCUGCGCCAUGUCAUAAGCAAUUUAUACGAAU